UAGUGACUCGACUGCUGCUAGUAGCUAGUAGUGCCUGCUGCUGGGCUGAGUACGAGGGGCAUGUGACGGCCUGCGUUCGGACGGCUAUUGCGACGGACGGCUGCGUUGCGUGUCACGGAUCGCGUUGGCCGAGCGUCCGCCGAGCGUGCUGCUCACGCGACGAGUCGACGGCGGAUGUUGUCGCGCCGCGGCGAGAGCGGCGGUCCAGGUGAAAUGGCAAGGAGCACGGCCGUGCGCGCGUCGAACGUCGCUGUCGCGCGUCGCCCGCACGGGUUCCUGUAAUCGCUCGCGCGCGGAACGGGGAGGCGGGAUAUCGUCGCGGAUCUGCGUUGGACGCGCGAAUGCGACGCGCGGGCGAUCUGCUAACAAGCUGACAGCUCCAGUCGACAGUGAGAGAGAGAGAGAGAGAGCGAGAACCAUGGGCAACUGCCUGAAGCGCACCGCUGGCAACCAACAGGACAAUACCACCCUCCUGAGCAACAAUCCCGAGCCCAACGUCUCCACGAGCGGAUCCUCGCAGGAGGGCCUCGGACCGCCGAUCCCCUACAACCAAGCGGCUUAUUAUCCGUCGAUCGCCACGAGGGAACGUCACUUGCAGUCCACCAACUUGAACAUCGGCCGCGGAAUCGGCGUCAACCUGGUGCAGAGCACCGGCUCGGCCGGUUUGAGCGAGGAGGAGCAACAAGUGAGGAUCGCGAAGCGCAUAGGACUGAUACAGCACUUGCCGAUGCGCGAGUACGACGGCGCCAAGAAGGGCGAGUGCGUGAUAUGUAUGAUGGAGCUGCUCGUGGGCGAGGAAGUGCGCUACCUGCCCUGCAUGCACACCUACCACGCGAUCUGCAUCGACGACUGGCUGCUGCGCUCGUUGACCUGUCCGUCGUGCAUGGAGCCGGUGGACGCGGCGCUAAUUAGCUCAUAUCAUCCGACUACUUAAUACCGGAGUGACACGGAGUUUUCAUCGGGAGUUUAGCCGUACGGCGAAUCGUGGAUUAAAAUUACCAGGCUAAACGUGAAGCGCAAUUGAAAGAGAGAAAGAGCGAGAGAAAAUAAAGAGGGAGAGUCACUUUUGCUAUAGAGCGUAUAAGGGCUUCUGGAUAGUAGAGAAUCGCGUGUUAAUGUGAUCCGAUUGUAUUUCGCCGUUGCACACGAUAUAUAUA